AUGGGUCCUGAAGUGAAUGCGUUGCUGCUGCUGGGCUUGCUGUACUGGGCUGGGGACUGCGAAGCCCAGAUGACCUGGCAGCGCCUAGGCCAGCAGCCGCACCGGCCGUGGGCAGAGCGGGUGGCGGACGACAGGCAAGCGGUGGAGAGCUUCCCUCUGGACCUUACAGCCUUGGAGGGCAACACGGAGAGCUUCAUGGAGCAGAUUCAGAGCCUGGCGCAAGCCCUGUACCCCUGCGCCUCACAGCAGCCCAGCGAAGAUCUGCACCUGCAUCUCCUGCUCAACAAGUCGGUCACCUGUAACGAUGGCAGCCCGGCAGGCUACUACCUGAAGGAGUCCAAAGGCAGUGGACGUUGGCUGAUCUUUUUGGAAGGAGGCUGGUACUGCUUCAACCGCGACACCUGCGAGUUGAGACACAGCGCAACGCCGCACCUCAUGAGCUCCAAGGACUGGCCGCGCACCCGCAUAGGCACCGGGAUUCUGUCCUCCCUUCCAGAGGAGAACCCCCACUGGUGGAAUGCCAACAUGGUUUUCAUCCCCUACUGCUCCAGUGAUGUAUGGAGUGGCGCUUCCCCCAAGACUAAAAAGAAUGAUUAUGCCUUCAUGGGUACCCUCAUCAUCCAGGAGGUGGUUCGGGAGCUCCUGGACAGGGGGUUGGCAGGGGGCAAGGUGCUGCUGCUGGCAGGAAGCAGCGCGGGAGGCACUGGUGUGCUGCUGAAUGUGGACCGGGUGGCCAAGCAGCUGGAGGAGCUGGGCUACCCGGCCAUCCAGGUGCGGGGUUUGGUCGACUCGGGCUGGUUCCUGGAUAACAAGCAGUAUCGCCACACCGACUGCUUCAACACUCGCACCUGCGCACCCAAGGAGGUCAUCCAGCGGGGAAUCAAGUACUGGAAAGGGCUGGUCCCAGAGCCCUGCCAGCGUCAGUUCAAGGAAGGCGAGGAAUGGAACUGUUUCUUUGGCUACAAAGUCUACCCAACAGUGAGCAGCCCGCUGUUCGUGGUGCAGUGGCUGUUCGACCAGGCCCAGUUGAUAGUGGAUAACGCGUACCUCACUGGCCAGCCAAUGCAGGAGGACCAGAGGCUCUACGUCCAGAACCUAGCCGGAGAGCUGAGACACACACUCCAGAAUGUGUCGGCCAGCUUUGCCCCUGCCUGCUUCUCACAUGAGGUCAUCAUCCGAAGCCAGUGGACAGAAGUCCAGGUGAACGGUACGUCCCUACCCCAGGCGCUGCACUGCUGGGACAGGAGCCUGCAUAGGAGCCAUAAUGCCAGCAAAGCCCCCCUGAAAGGCUGCCCCAUCCACCUGGUGGAUAGCUGCCCCUGGCCUCACUGCAACCCUACCUGCCCCACCAUCCGCAACCAGUUCACAGGGCAGGAGGUGAACAUGGCCCAGUUCCUGAGGCGCAUGGGCUUUGAUGUGCCGAGUGUGGCCCAGUAAUAGGGCCUGGAGCCCAGCAAGCUACUGGGGAUGCUGAGCAGUGGGAACUAGGGGCCUCCCUGAGAAAGACACCAGUCCAGCUGCCCCUGACCAUACCAGGACACCAGGCCCAGCGCUCCAGCACUGCAGCCAGACUCCUUCUCCCAGCAGCCUUUGCUGCAGCUCACUCACUGCCUAAGAGAGGCCCAGCCAGACUGUGGCCUCAGGCAGAACCCAAGAUUCUGAGACCCUGAGACCCCAGUACGAUGGGGGGGGGGUGCCAGCCAACCCUCCCUGGGGAGCCAGAAGCACUGGAUUCCUACGCCCACCUUCCCUUUUGUAUUAUUUUAUA